CCUCUCGCGGUCAUGGACCAUGGACCAAUGAGGACGCUAUUGCUGCGUCUUGUGUCUCCGGUUUGUUUUGACUGCUAGCAUCUUUGCUAGAAGCAUGCAAGCUAACACGUUUUGUACAAUUUAUUAUCUCUAUAUUAUGGUUUAAUAUUAAAGUUGACCAUGGUCAGCCAAACUGACAAAAAUUGAAAAAACAUUAGCCUUAAAUUAUUUUACAUUUAGGCUAGCUUAGACGUAAAUAUGCGACCGAUAGCUUAGGUCUAUGACUGCAACGAACCUUUUCCAGUCGACCGUGGAAUUGUCUUGAUUUACAUGCUACUUCAUGCUAAUAGUCUGUUAGCCGUCAAGUUUCGUCAGAGUAUACCGCAGAUAUUUAUUUCGAACUAUUUUUACAUCUCUUCACGUUACAUAGGCUAUUGAUGACUGUUGGGGAAAAAAUUAUACAUGACAGCUAGGUAAGCUAGCUAGCAACUAUGUACUAUACGGAUACGUAAGCUGGUGAUAACCUACUUGUACCCUACCUUGCUAGUAACGUUCAAUUCAAAAUUUCUUGGUUCAGAAUGUCAGCAAUAAAAUGUCGCAUGUUACGGGCAAUAAACCUUUCAAUACUGUUAACUGUAUAAUUUAAUUCGACGUUAGUUAUAAACUGAGCGAAACCGGUCAAAAUGAGGAUAUUAAGGGCGUUGAUGAGCAAUGCCUCCUCUAUCAGAAAGCAUAUAGAUUACUACUCCAGAUUCUCCCCUUCACCCCUUUCAAUGAAACAGUUCUUGGACUUUGGGUCUGGAGAAAAUGCAUGCGAGAAAACAUCGUUUACAUUCCUCAGACAGGAGCUACCUGUGAGGUUGGCAAACAUAAUGAAGGAGAUUAACUUGUUACCAGAUAAUCUGCUAAAGACUCCGUCUGUCCGUUUGGUCCAGAGCUGGUACAUGCAAAGUCUCCAAGACAUAAUCGAGUUCAGGGAGAAAGAUGCUGAUGAUGAGAAAGUCACUUAUGAUUUCACUGAUGCCGUUAUAAAGAUCCGAAAUCGUCACAAUGACGUCAUCCCAACCAUGGCCCAGGGGGUUGUGGAGUACAAGGAGACCUAUGGCACUGAUCCUGUUGUCAGCCAGAAUGUUCAGUAUUUCCUGGAUCGCUUCUACAUGAGCAGAAUAUCCAUCAGGAUGCUGCUCAACCAGCACACUCUGCUUUUUGGCGGGAAAGUCAGGGUAAACCCAGCACACCCUAAACAGAUUGGUAGUAUUGAUCCCCACUGCAGGGUUACUGAGGUAGUUAGGGAUGCCUAUGAAAAUGCAAGGAACCUGUGUGACCGGUAUUACAUGAACUCUCCAGAGUUAGUGCUGGAAGAAUUCAACGUUAAAGAUCACGGGAAGCCUGUGACUGUAGUGUAUGUGCCGUCCCAUCUCUACCACAUGGUAUUUGAACUUUUCAAGAAUGCCAUGAGAGCCACCAUGGAGUUGUAUGGAGACGCUAUGGACCAUCCUCCUGUCCAUGCCCAGGUUGCCCUAGGAACUGAAGAUCUGACCGUGAAGGUGAGUGAUCGAGGGGGAGGGGUCCCACUGAGGAAGAUCGAAAGGCUGUUUACCUACACCUACUCAACCGCGCCCCCACCCAGCAUGGACGGCCAACGCAGCCCUCUGGCUGGCUAUGGGUAUGGUCUGCCUAUUUCUCGGUUAUAUGCCAGAUACUUCCAAGGUGAUUUGAAGCUGUACUCUCUGGAGGGUUAUGGUACUGAUGCGGUGAUAUAUAUCCGGGCGCUCUCCACGGAGUCCAUCGAGAGGCUGCCUGUCUACAACAAGUCAGCUUGGAAGCACUACCAGACCAUGCAGGAGGCCGACGACUGGUGUGUUCCCAGCAAGGAGCCCAAGGACAUGACAACCUUCCGGAGUUUCUAGACCACCAUUCCUCAUGGUUAGACAGGUCUAUCAUUCGCUAGAUCAUUUAUAGGAUUUGGUUUUUUUGGGGGGGGGGGGGGGGGGGGGGCUUGUAAUUUCAGAAUUAAUUACUUUGUGUGAAUGAUGUUAAUAGCUGCUCCGCUGUGGGAACCAAUAGAUGAAAACCCUUUGCACUUUUACUAGUUGUAUGUGUACAUUAUGAACUAAAGUUCUCGUGCCAUACGUGUCAUGUGAAUAAUAGGAUUUGAUGUUUUUAUCAAGAGAAUUUCUUGUACAGUAUGUACAGGGUAUGCAAUGGUUUAAGAGUUAGUUACUUUCAUGGUGGAAUGUGUUUGAUGUGAGUGCUGUAUGAUAUGUUAUACUUGCGUUUAUGACAUAUCUUGUUUAAACCAUGUGUAUUGUAUGAGGAUUGCUUGGUUUGUAGUGUUUUGUUGAAAGGGAAAGCUGGAGUGAAUGUUGCUUGUUACUUGGAAUGUUUAUCUACUGGGUAUACAAUGCAGUCAGAGAAGAUGUUUGUGUUACAAAGUCGUGCAGCUACUACAUUGUUUUCCAGGUCCUCUGAUAUCACUAUUCUACUGUAUACAUUAAGGAAUAGAAAUAUAGGAUUUGUUCUCAUAGAUACAUUUGACGUGCAGUGUGGUUUAAGUGAUUAAAUGGUGAGAAUGUGUAGUCAUGUGAGCGAAGUACACCCCCUGAAAAAUAUUUUGUUGACAAAUUUGGAUAUUUGAGCUAACCACAAGCACAGUCAUUGAAAUAGGCACUUUAACAUCUCAUUAAAAAAAAACUAACUUUGAAAUAAUUUCAGAAAUUUAAAAUAAACAAAUGCAGAAAAUUAUUUGAGAUUAAAUUGGGAGGGUCCAGCCUUCCAUAAAGAUAUUCUAUAACCCUACAUGACAGGUCAAGAAGACGCUGCGGCUUUCAGAAAAUAAUAUCAAGACACGACAAUACUUGCGUAAAGACCAAAAAGUCUUGAGCAAUGUGCUCUGGACAGGUGAGUCAAAGGUGGAGUCGUUUGGCUGCAAUGCGAAAACAAAUAAAACUGCCUUUAAACAGAAGAACCUCAUACCAACCGUGACGCAUGGAGGUGGUUGCAUUAUGGUUUGGAGCUGCUUUACUGCCAUCAUUGAGUCGACCAUGAAUUCAAUAUUGUAGCAGAGAAUUCCUGAGAAGUGAUGCGUUCUGUCAAAAAGCUGAAGGCGAAACUUGCAAAAGGAUCAUGAUCCGAAACACGCAACAAGCAAAGCUAAAACAACAUUGCUCAAAAGCAGUAAUAAAUGGUUAUGGAAUGACCGAGUCUAAGAGUGGGCAAUAAUUCCUCCCAGUCAAUGUAAGUGACUGAUUGAUAGACAGCCACAGAAAACAUCUGUUAUUUCAGCCAAAGGGAAAUUACCUGUAAACCAGCUAUUUAAGCUAGUGGUGUACUAAUUUUGUCUGCAUUUUUUAUGAAUAAAUGAUUUCAAAGUUUAAUCUUUCAGUGUAAUUUGUUUACCAAUUAGGUUACUUUUACCUGUCAAUAGUGUGAAGAUCACAUCCAAGUCCAAAUAUGCAAACAAGAACAUUUCAGGGGGUGCGCAAAAUUUUCCACAGUGAUGUUUUGUCUGCCAUCCAAAGUAUUGCUGUCUUCAUUAAAAUGUACAUUACAGCUUUGA